CCCAACAGCAUAUGUAUGUAACCCUAUACCUGUGUGCCUGAAUUCCUUUCAGUGUCAUGGCAAAGGAACUAACAUAGGUGAACAUAUUUUUCUGAGGCUGUUUGAUGAGGUAGAAAUAUUCUCAGGUGGAAUAUGAGGUAGUAAUAUUUGUCUGCUCAGCAAGGGUGGCUGCGGGUGGGGUGGGGGGAAUUGUAUCUUAAGGCAAGUCAUUCUCUCCUCCCACCCCGCAUUUCUGUUUCAGAAAUUUAGCAUGUGGGACACGGCUCUCAAUUUUGAGUGUCACCACUGCUGCCCAGGAGCUGGUGCCGGGGGGGGGGGGGAGAACCCCUGCUAAUUCAUCACAUUGAUUAACUAUUUCAUUAACCCCUGCUAACUCAGCAAAGAGACACCUUUUAAAGUGGUGAUUCUCUUGUAUUUAGCAAGGGGAGAGCAACUGGCCCUAUCCAACCCCAGCACAGCAUCCCUCCAGUGGCUGUGGCUGGUAUUUCCCUGAUGUUUCUUUUUAGAUUGUGAGCCCUUUGGGGACAGGGGACCAUCUUAUUUAUGUAUUGUUUAUUUUUCCAUGUAAACUGCUUUGAGAACUUUGGUUGAGGAGCGGGAUAUAAAUAUAUUUGUCGUCACCGUAGAAGAAUCAGCAAACGUUUUCCAAACUGCAGAAACGGCUCUGUGCCUGUUUGCUGUGGCAUGAUGUGCAAGAUCUGCAGUGGAACAAGGCACAUUGGGCAACCCCGGGAUGCAGAGUUGAUGACGUUUGGGUCUCCCUCCUCCCCCAUUUCUACACCCUGGACUUUAGAGCCCCAGUCAUCUCUGCUCAGAACACACAGACGCCCAGACGUCAGCAUGUUCAUCACUGGUCGGUCUGGAGGGCAGGUGUGUGACGCACACACGUGCAGCAGGGCGCAGAGAGCGGGGGGGGGGGUUUACCCACAGCACACCACCCUCUUUACACAGUCGGUCAUCUGGCAAAAACUGCCCAGAACUGACAGCAAGCUCCUGUUUGUCCAAAAGAUCAAUCAGGACACUUGUUAAGUCAGCAGUCCCUGGUGAGAUUAGGGGGCCUGGACUCUCCACAUCUCAGCGUCACCGAUCCGGUGAAGAGUAGUGUGGCAUUAUCCCCGGUGGGCGCGGUUUACAGUGCCCUUGGGAAACGCAGCACCCUCUGGAUGAUCCCAAACAGUGAGCAGGGUUGGGUGUGUCUGAGGAUUGUGGCACACUGCAUGAUUUGCCGGCACAGCGGGAGCCAUCUUGACCUGCCCGUUGGAAGUGGUGAAGACGCGCCUGCAGUCCUCCUCGCUGGCCCUCCGGCCUUUCUGCCCACCCGCCGUGCAGCUCCAGGGGAUGAGUGGGACUUUGAUCCGGCCAGGCCUCCCCUCUAUAGGGGUGCUUGAGCUGCUGAGAACCAUUCUAGAAAAGGAAGGAGUCCGCUCCCUCUUCCGAGGCCUGGGUCCUAACCUCGUUGGAGUUGCCCCUUCCAGGGCCAUUUAUUUUGCUGUAUAUUCAGGGGCUAAGGAGAAACUCAACACUGUGUUUGUGCCAGAGUCCAAGAAAGUCCACAUGCUUUCCGCAGCCUGUGCAGGGAUCACUUCCUCCACCUUGACUAACCCCAUCUGGCUGGUGAAGACCAGAAUGCAACUGGAGGCCAGAGCCAAAUGUGAGAGGCACAGCAGUGCUCUUCAGUGCGCCAUGCGCGUUUACAACACUGAAGGCCUGCGAGGCUUCUACAGAGGGAUUACAGCCUCGUAUGCUGGUGUCUCCGAAACAGUUAUCCACUUUGUUAUCUACGAGGCGCUGAAGCAACGACUCCGGGAGCACCAGCUCUUUGUGAGCCCCGCCCUGAUCUUUUCCCCCAGCAGCCCGGACUUCUUCGGGCUGAUGGCAGCGGCUGCCGUCUCCAAAACGUGUGCCUCCUGCAUCGCCUACCCACAUGAGGUCAUCCGGACACGGCUGCGAGAGGAAGGCUCUCGCUAUCGCUCCUUGGUGCAAACGCUGCAGCUUGUGGCCAGAGAAGAAGGCCCCUUGGCGCUUUACCGUGGACUGCUCCCCCACUUGUUCCGUCAGAUCCCCCAUGCGGCUAUCAUCAUGGUCACCUAUGAACUGGUCGUUCACUUGGCCACAAAAGUGUGACACUUUCUCCUUCCUUGGUAUUGGUCAAGGCUGCCAAGAGCAUUGGAGGAAAUACGUUUGCCCUUCCUGUGGUUGGGCACUGACUGCCACGGGCCGUGGCUUGCCUGGAACGUUCUCAUAAGCAAGUCUGCAUCUGCGCUGGGCCUCCACCAGAAGCCGCACAGCAUCACGGGAAGGCGGGGUGUCUGAGGAUCAGAGCUGCGGUUGGAUAGAUGCAAAGCUUGCCGAGCAGCAGAAAUCAAUACUUGAGAAAGUGACAAGAACUCUUCUCACUUGACAGUCUUUCCAGUGCCCCGUUGGGCUGACUCCAGUGUGUUGCUUGUGCUCAUCAGAGCAGAGGAAGUGUCACGCUCCAUUUCUCCUGGGGCCCCAGCCAGGCUACCCAGGGUCUGAGAAGAGACAGAGUGUGUCAGGGCUGGGAAAGCCCAGGGUGGGGGUGCGGGUGGUGGAUUCGCCAGGGUGCAGAGUUGUGCAUAAAUGUUAGCCCCCAAAUAGAGCACUUGCAUUGGCAUCACCCUGCGAUCAGAGCUUGACUUUCACAGAAAGCAACAAGGCCGUGGCCCUCCCUCUGAUGCUGGCUUUCUUGCAAUCCUUUAGCAGGCAACUUGCCAUCUCCUGAAGGCAAGCAGGACAUCUGUGCCUCCCUGUCUGCUCGCAGAGGCACAUCAAACAUUUGGUGGAGGCGGGGAGCACGGGGAAAGAAGUGGUGCUUGCUGCGGGUCACACUGCUGCUGCUUUUUCUGCUGUGUUGUUUACAUGUGUUCUCUGGCAGGUCGUGCCUCCCUAGGGGAAGGGUCAAGGGCCAGGUGCAGGAGGGGCAGUGCAUCAAUUGCUAGUAGGGGGAUCUUUUCUAAGAGCAAGAGAGGCUGCACUGUGAUGCUCUGCACUAUGAUGCAGUUCCCUGGAACUGGAAUGAAUCCUGCAUGCCCCCUGGCUGUGAAGCCUUAUGUGUGGCGUUCAGGCUCCAUGAAAUGGACACGAAUGAAGAUGCAGAGCGGGUUUUUUAUAUGCAGAGAUUCUGUUUUAAAUUAAUAAAGCCGUCAUAUUUUAUAAAUA